AAUAUUGCUCUAGAUAUUACAUAUUGAAUAUGUCAAAAAAACAAAUUGUUUGAGGUAAUACUUCUCAUUUUAGUUCAUAAAAAUGGCGGCUUUGGUUGCCUCCCUAUAAUAUAAGUAAUAAACGAUAUUUUCUGUGGAAGCAAUUUAAUAUUUCAAAACUCAAGAUUCUGCUGUCGCUCUAUAAAGUAGUAAGCAAUGGCCCUGGAAGUAUUGGGCAAAAGACUCCUUACAAGGGCCACAACUAACGAGCUAUCUGAGAUUGCAGAGCUACUUAGACGACAUAAUACUGUUAUCGUUGUUAUUGGCGUAAUGGAAGACGCUGGCAGCUUUCAAAGUUUUAUGGAUGGUAAUUACCUAGACGGAGAGGUUUACACAGGCGAUGAACAAUUGUAUCAGGACAUAGGCUUUAAGCCAUAUUCAUGCUGUGGACUUUGCUGUCUAGCGUGUACGUGUUGUUGUAGAUCUGCCGUUCGUUCACAAAUGAAGGGAAUUCGAGACAAUAAAAUAGAUGGUGAUUUAGUUGGAAAUCCUUUCAGGAAUGGAGGAACUCUUAUUAUAAAAGAUAACCAAUUACUUUUAAGCCACAUUCAGGAAACAGCGGACGACCACGUUGAAGUUAUCCAAAUUGUAAACAUACUUGGUCUCACCCUGGAUCAGUCUCUAAAAAUAGUUACUAAGCAACCGAGGACAGUUUGUAAUGACGAAGUUUGUCGGAUUAGAAGAGAUUAA